UAUAAAGUGUUCUGAAUUUUUUCUAUUUUCCGGAUAAAUGUUAGCUGAAGCAAACUAAUUUUGGACGAUGAGACUGCAUAAACUAAUAUACAAAUUUAGAGCAAACUAAUUUAACAUCUGUUGAAUAACUGAUUCAAAAUUUGUUAUUAGGUUGUUAUUUUGAUAGUGGAGUUGUUGCUAAUUAGUUUAGAUUUUUAUGGGAUUAAGUUGUUUUGUAAGCCUAUAUAAAGGCACUUUUAGUUGAUGAAUAAUAUAGAGAAAAUAUUAUCUCCUCAUCUACUCUCUAAUUUCCAACAUGGUAUCAGAGCCUUAUUUCUCGGAUGCGCAGAUUUUAUGAAGGAGCAAGAUCAGAAGAUGAGGCUUCGUGGCCUCGACGCCCAGAAAUCCAACAUCGCCGCUGGCGUCGCCGAAUCUCGUAUCCUACGCACUCCGCUUGGCCCUAAGGACAUGGACAAGAUGAAGCAGAGCCCUGCCGGCGACCUCAUCAUUACAAACGAUGGGGCAACAUUCUUGGAACACAUGCACGUGGACAAUCAGAUUGCAAAGGUGAUGGUGGCUAAUCAUCCAGAUGCAGGAGGUAGCGAUUACUUAGCUUCGAAGAUUAACAAAGACAAGGACAUUAUGCUUGGAAAGACCAAAGGCGGAGGCUCUGCCUUCUAACUCAUUGUUAUGUAUCAUUGCUUAAAUUUUGGAGAAUCAUGGUGAGAUGUGCACCAUGGAGAGAUUGGACAAAUAUUUAUGGAGAGAUGUGCUCCUUUAAGAGAAUGUUGGUGAUUAUGUGCAUCAACAAGAUUGAGAUGAGAAGUGCAUCACAAAGUGGAGAGAAGUGCUCUAUGAAGAUUCAAGAGGAAUGACAAGAAAUUUUGAAUCAAGGGGGAAUGUUGAAUAACUGAUUCAAAAUUUGUUAUUAGGUUGUUAUUUUGAUAGUGGAGUUGUUGCUAAUUAGUUUAGAUUUUUAUGGGAUUAAGUUGUUUUGUAAGCCUAUAUAAAGGCACUUUUAGUUGAUGAAUAAUAUA